UCGAAAACGAGGCCCGGAAUCCCAGCAUACCAGGCGGGCGGGGCCGGUCUCAGCUGUCUGUCCUCCGCUUACAAGGAAGAGAUGCACAGGGUUGCUAAAAGAUGGCAGAGCUGCAGAUGCUACUAGAGGAGGAAAUCCCCGCCGGCAAAAGGGCACUCAUUGAGAGCUUCCAGAACCUCACCCGCGUUGCUGACUACUGCGAGUCCAACUACGUACAGGCUCCAGACAAGAGAAAAGCAUUAGAAGAGACAAAGGCAUAUACAACUCAAUCUCUUGCAAGCGUUGCCUAUCAGAUCAAUGCCUUGGCUAACAAUGUACUCCAACUACUGGAUAUCCAGGCCUCUCAGCUGCGUAGAAUGGAAUCCUCCAUCAACCAUAUCUCUCAGACUGUGGACAUUCAUAAAGAAAAGGUGGCUCGCAGAGAGAUUGGUAUCUUAACAACCAAUAAGAAUACUGCAAGGAGCCAUAAGAUUAUUGCUCCAGCUAACAUUGAGCGUCCUGUCAGGUACAUUCGAAAACCCAUAGACUACACAGUACUGGAUGACGUAGGUCAUGGAGUUAAGUGGCUAAAAGCCAAGCAUGGAGGGAAUCAAGCUGCAAGAACUGGUACUUUGACAAGGACAAACCCACCCACACAAAAACCACCAAGCCCACCAAUGUCAGGGCGAGGAACAUUGGGGAGAAAUACUCCAUACAAAACACUGGAGCCUGUUAAACCACCUACAGUUCCAAAUGACUACAUGACCAGUCCGGCAAGACUUGGAAGUCAGCACAGUCCUGGGAGAACAGCAUCUCUGAACCAGAGACCAAGAACGCACAGUGGCAGCAGCGGAGGCAGCGGCAGUCGAGAAAACAGUGGAAGCAGCAGCAUUGGGAUUCCUAUAGCCGUUCCCACACCAUCUCCGCCCACUGUUGGGCCAGGUGUCAGUUUGGUCCCUCCUCUUGCACCACCACUACCACCACCUCCUCCACCACUUCCAGGCUCAGUGAUGGGCAGUCCGAUAGUGGGCAUUAACUCCGCUCCAGGUUCUCAAUUUGGCUCAAUGACCAGGCAGAUAUCUCGACAUAACUCUACUACUUCAAAUUCUUCUGGUGGAUACAGACGAACUCCAUCUGUGACUUCUCAGUUCUCUGUUCAACCUCAUGUCAACGGCGGGCCUCUCUAUUCUCAAAACUCAAUUUCUAUCGCUUCCCCCCCUCCCCCAAUGCCUCAAUUGACUCCACAGAUACCUCUCACAGGCUUCGUGGCCAGGGUGCAGGAAAACAUUGCUGAUAGUCCAACUCCUCCACCACCACCUCCUCCUGAUGAGAUCCCCAUGUUUGAUGAUUCACCACCACCACCUCCUCCCCCACCAGUGGACUAUGAGGAGGAGGAGGCUGCUGUUGUGCAGUACAAUGAUCCAUAUGCUGAUGGCGAUCCUUCUUGGGCACCCAAAAGCUAUAUUGAGAAAGUUGUGGCCAUAUAUGACUAUGCAAAAGACAAGGAGGAUGAAUUGUCUUUCAUGGAGGGAUCAAUUAUUUACGUAAUAAAGAAGAAUGAUGACGGCUGGUAUGAAGGGGUCUCAAACGGAGUUACUGGUCUAUUCCCUGGAAAUUAUGUUGAAUCAAUCAUGCAUUACGCAGAUUAAAAUGUAUUUUACAAUUUUAAAUGAGGACUUUUAAUUCAGUACCAAGUCUAAUCUAAUUUUAAAAGUAAUUGUAAGAAGUUACAUGUCUUCAAACAUAAAACUGUGGCUUGUUUUUAAUCUUUUUGGUACCUGGGCUGCCUGAAGCGUUUGUGCUAAUGGUGGCAUGUCUACCAAUAAGCCUCAAGAUUAUCUGGUUGCGGACCUACCAACAACUGACCGUAGUUGUUUAUGCUUACGUAUUUACUUCAACGUUGUUCAUUUUAUGACCAGCCUAAAUACUCCAUGGGGAUGUAGGGUGUAGUAUUUAAUGAAUUCAUUCAUUUUGUGCCAUUACAUUUUUUUUCCAGUGCAGCAUGGAAACUAACACUAAGUUAGCUUAACAUUAACAUUCGGACUAUAAGUUAAUGCUACUGCUGGUCGUAUUGCCUUCUACGGGAUAAUGGUUCAUUCUUAAUAUUAAAAUUUGUUUAAAGCAUGCAUACAAAACUUAUGUACCAAGAUAUUGUUUUUUUUUAAAUCCACAAUGCUUCCAAUUUAUUGUAAUUAUCAUGCAUACUCACAAAUUUAGUCUCAAGUGUCCAUCUGUGAACUGAAACAUGGUUGUAAUAUGUAUUUUGUAUUCACUUCUCCAGUGGCCAUUUUAAAUUUUUCUAUGCUCAAUACAGUAACAAACCAAAGUGCUGUUUGUUCCUUGGUUUAUGCACAAUAUUUUGAAAUUCUGACUUAAAAUAAUAUAAAAUCCUGUGGCAUAAAUCAAGAAUUGGGAAGGAAGAUUUUUGGCCGCUAACUGUCUUAACUUCCUGUAAUAAGACUUCACUGUAUUUAAACACAUUAAUAAUUAAGGGAAACCUACUUUUCACAUUUGUAGCAGUAACUGCAUUCAUAAAAUCUUAAUGGCAUCAUUUUACAAGUGUUUAGGAGUUUGCAUCUACUGUAACUGGACUUAAGUGUGACCUGCUGAAUGCUCUGGAUUAGACCACUUAACCAGAAUAAAAUAGGGUACAAGGCUUGACUGGGCAGCACCGUCAAAUUUUUGCAUCUGUGUAUCCAAUGUAAUUGUGCAUCUUUAUUAAUUAUUUUUCUAAAUUUUGUUUAUAAUUAAAUACUGUUUAUCAUAGCUAUCUUGGAAUUAAUAAUAGGAGUGUACCUAGAUCACUACAUUCCAGUCUUGGCACAAAAAAAAGCAUAAAUGCAUUGCAUUUGAACCAGUGUUAAUUGGAAAAAAAAUACCAGUAAAUGCCUGGUCAAUGUAGAAGAAAUGAUGAUCUAUGGUUUGGAUAUAUAUCAACAGGUUAUUUUACCAUCUUACGUAUAACAUUUUUACUUUAAAACAUACAGUUUGCAAGCUUAUUUCAAAUAGUUGCGAAUACAUUCUUGCAUAUUUGUGACCAAGCAACAAACCAGCACAGAAUAUUACAUAGACAGAACUGGUGAAGUGCCAAGAUUUUUGGCUAAGGGGCCAAAUUAUUUAGACUGUUUUACAAAAUGCCUGUGCUAAAGAGGGCUUUUGGGAAAACACAUUUGAUACACAAUCAAAUUUGAAUGUUUUUGCUUAACAGGGAAGGAGGCGCAAAUAGUAGAUUCUACCUUACGUUUUUCUCUAAGCCCUCUUAUUUUGCAUGGUCUCGUCUACAGGACUUCACCCGGGAGAAAGGCACAAGUUGCACUAAUAUGUUAGAGGACCAAUACGGUUAAGCAUCUUGAACAAUCAUCUUUGGCAGAAAAUUACUGUAUUCAUAUAAAGUAUUACAUUUGUUAUUAAACUAAUGCUUUUUUUUUGCAAGUGUUUUGUAAAUGCUUUUAUCAUUUUAUUGCAAAAAAAAUCAAAAAAAGAAAUCAUGCGUCAUGAUUUAUUAGGCUUGCUCUCUAUUGCCCAGAUGGCUUUUAAACGGAGAUGUUUGAUCUAAUACGUGCUGGAUGUAUUUAAAAAGUGAUAGAAGGGUUAACUGGUAAAUUGUAUCUUAUGCAGUUUUGUUGUGAAAUCUUGUUUGCUUUCUAAAAUGUAAAGCAUCUACAAAAUUCUUAUUAGAUUUUGUUUUACAGCCUAAUGAAAUUUAAAUCUAUAAACAUACUGUUCCCCCCCAAAAUUGGUAAUUCUUUUCAUUUGUAUAUAACCUGUUAAAAAUUUUAUGUACAGUCUUUUAUAAUAAACCAUUCUCCUAAAUAAUAAA